AACAUACCUACACAGUAUCGUGAUUUGAGACAUGUCGUGGCAGCGCACGCAAUACGCAGCGAAGAUGCUUCGCAGCUAGCGCAUAUACACAUGCCCCGCGGCGAGAUUCUUGGCCGAACCGGCCAUGUCGUGCGGAGCCUCGAGCACCUCGCUGCGCCCCGCAAGGGGACCCAGUGCGCACUACUCUCACGCGAGGUGCUCGUCGCCGCGAGCGAGACGGACCCAGCAGUCCACCGCCUCCGAUUUGCCUGGCCAAGCACGUUCGGGGGGGCGCCGUCGUGCUGCGAAGGGGCCGACGGAGUCAUCCACGUGCACGUCCGCGCCCCGGCGCCUGACGGAGUUUUCCGCAAAAAUUUGUCACGCUCGGUGCCUAGAAUUCGCCCAGUUGCCUCUUUUUGUUGUCUUCAUGGAACAGGACCGGAAAUUCUCGCAGGCUCCGGCCGUACAGCCUCGUGGUGAUGGAUGCCGACGGGUUUGAGCUCGCCGUCAAGAUCUACGUCGACAGACAAGGGGUGUCUGCGUAUCUGGGGGCGCUCGAAGUCGGCGCGCUUGCGCACGCGCCACCCGGCGUUUUUUUUUAAACACGCCACGUUUAACGCCGUGGCCUAGGUUCCAGAGAUCCGCGCGAUGGACUACCACCGAGAUUCGCGUCGAGUCGCGAUGAUGUGCUUUGGCAUCGGUGUCAAUGAGUGCCUCCCGCUCGGCAAACGCCUAUUGGAACGCGGCGCGGAGGUAAGGAUGGCCAUCUUGGACCGCGACGCCUCUAGAGUGGUGUUCGGGCGCGAAUUCGCCAAGCUCGAAGCAGCUUACCCGACUAGCCUCCGCGUGCGGCGCUAUUUUUCGCGGCCGAGACCCGGCGACCUAGAGCAAGGUUACCCGCGGAUAGACGUCGCAGCAGUCAGCGAUUUCUUCGGUGGCAAUUGGAUCGAUGGCAAACCAGCGGACUAUCUGGAGAUUGUUGGAUCUGGGCGCAACGAAAGGGACGCGUAUGAAAUGGUGCUUGAGGCUGGGAUCUGGUCGAAGGCGCACGUUGGUAAGGGCCAUCCGCCAUUUAUCAUUAUGAAAGGCCCUGAUGGCUUUAAUGCGCCCUGGCGGCCUCUCUCACCGCCUGAGAUUCCUGAGACGCCAAGGUCCACUUCUAGAUUCGUGGCUGCGGGGAUAUCUGCUUUGGUCGUCGUGGGACUCACAUGGUUCGCUCGUUUUGUCGCGCGGCGGCGGUGUAGGAAACGAGCGUGACCGUGCUGGCAAGCAUUUGGUGCCUAUAUGUAGUCUUCACGGUAGUUUUUUGUUGUAAAUACUACAAGUAUUACCUUUGGUCCCUUCAACUUCAUGUAGUCCCCCGCCGUCACGGUGACCAAUCUCGGC